UCAUUGGCUGCUUAAACAGAGGCCUAUUAGAUCCAAACGGGCUGAAUUGAUUAUACAGCAGCAGAAGGAGCUCAGUGCACAGUGAGCAUCGAGGCGAGGAAGCAAGAAAGAGGAAGAGAAUAUGUACUAUGGCAUCAGUAUGUAACUGCUGGAGCCAGAUAAUCCUGCUACCUAGCUCCCUCCGUGGACAACUUACUGUGCUGCUUUCUCCCUUCGUGAGAGGAUUUCACAGCUGUAUGCCUGUGAAACAGCUAACAGGACUGGACCUUGGAAUAGUUCAUUUGACUUAUAAGCUGCAUCUCUGAAAUACUGGUUCAUUACUGACAACUCUGGACUCAAUAAGACCCCCUAAGAACUGAAGAUACAUACAAAAUCAUAUCUGAGUGCGACCAGAACCUGGUUUGAUGUGGAUCAUAAAUCCUUAGCACAAACAACAAAGACAAUGACUAAAUGCAAGAACAUAGAUCUCAAAUAUCUCCAAAGUGAUACAUAACUGGUUUUCCUGCCAUCUCUCGUCCUCCUCCUCCUGAUACAGAGAUGCUAAAGCUGGAGUGAAUAAGCAAUACUGAGCAUUGACGUAUUCACCAUCUAAAAGGAUAAAAGAUUCAAAGAGAAGAUAUUUCAGAACAGUGGGAGCUAUUUUAAAAUGUACGGCUGCAUUCAAAAGAUCUAUAGAUCUCAGCCUUGAAUAACUUGGAAAUUGGGACACUGCUGGGAUAUCAAGGCAAUCUGAAGAGACUGUAAAAAGAGUAAAAUGUGUGACUCCAGCAAUCAGUUGUGAAGAUCACAGAAGAUAUACCAGCAUUUUUCUAACGCUGAUUUUCAUGAUGUAAAUACACUCUGACCAAUGAGCAGCUGAACCAUGGACAGACUAAAAAAAAAUUCGUGGACUGUGUUUUUAAAUUGGCUCUGUCCUUCCCCCAUGGGAGCCUAUUAGUGGACUACAGUGGGGAAAAAAGAGGAGAAAGGGGAAGAAAACACCUUGAACUGGAAAGUUAUCCUACAAUGAGAAUUACGAGCACAUCUUGUAUCUGCCCAGUCCUAGUUUGUCUCUGUUUUAUGCAGAGGUGUUAUGGAACUGCACAUCAUGGCUCCAUCAAGGUGACCAGAAACCAAACCAAACACGCAGAAGGGGAAACAGAAGUGCACCAUCGUCCCAAACGUGGAUGGGUGUGGAACCAGUUCUUUGUUUUAGAAGAGCACAUGGGACCAGAACCGCAGUAUGUUGGAAAGCUGCACUCCAAUUCUGACAAAGGUGAUGGAUCAGUCAAAUACAUCCUUACUGGAGAAGGGGCUGGGACUAUAUUUAUUAUUGACGACACAACGGGGGAUAUCCAUUCAACCAAAAGCCUAGACAGAGAGAAGAAGACACACUAUGUGCUACAUGCCCAGGCUAUUGAUAGACGGACAAACAAGCCGCUUGAGCCUGAAUCGGAAUUUAUUAUUAAAGUACAAGACAUCAAUGACAAUGCACCCACAUUUACAGAUGGUCCUUACAUCGUUACUGUGCCAGAGAUGUCCGAUAUGGGUACCUCAGUCCUUCAGGUGACAGCUACAGAUGCAGAUGACCCCACCUAUGGAAAUAGUGCCCGGGUGGUGUACAGUAUUCUUCAGGGACAGCCAUAUUUCUCUGUUGACCCUAGAACAGGUGUCAUCAGGACAGCCUUGCAUAACAUGGACAGGGAAGCCAGAGAACAUUAUUCAGUUGUCAUUCAAGCCAAAGACAUGGCUGGACAAGUUGGAGGACUGUCGGGAUCAACAACUGUAAAUAUAACACUCACGGAUGUCAACGACAAUCCACCCAGGUUCCCUCAGAAACAUUAUCAACUGUAUGUUCCUGAGUCGGCACAAAUUGGCUCUGCAGUGGGCAAAAUCAAAGCUAAUGAUGCAGACACAGGGUCAAAUGCAGACAUGAAAUACACGAUCAUAAAUGGGGAUGGCUCUGGAGUCUUUUCUAUAUCAACUGACAAAGAAACACGAGAAGGGAUUAUUUCCUUGAAGAAGCCACUCAACUAUGAAAAAAAGAAAUCCUAUAUUCUUAAUAUAGAAGGAGCAAAUACCCACCUCGAUUUCCGCUUCUCACACUUAGGACCUUUUAAAGAUGUAACUAUGUUGAAGAUCAUUGUUGGAGAUGUGGAUGAGCCUCCAUUGUUCACUUUACCUUCCUAUGUGAUGCAUGUUUAUGAAAAUGCCAAGGUCGGGAGUGUUGUGGGCACUGUAACAGCACAAGAUCCAGACAAUGCUAACAACUUAGUAAGAUAUUUCAUCGAUCACAGUACAGAAGAAGAUAGGUAUUUCAUCAUUGACGCAAACAGUGGAACUAUUAAGACUGCCAAAGUCUUUGAUCGAGAAGAAACCCCUUGGUACAACAUCACAGUCACUGCUUCUGAACUUGACAGUCCUGGCCUCCUGAGCCAUGCCCCAGUUGGAAUUAAAAUUCUUGACGUCAAUGACAACCCCCCAGAGCUCACCGGAGACUAUGAUGUAGUUGUCUGUGAGAAUGCAAAGCCUGGUCAGGUCAUUCAGACUAUCACUGCUACUGACAGAGAUGACUUUGCAAAUGGGCAAAGGUUCCAUUUUUCUCUGGACGACAGUCUUUCUUUGAAUCCCAACUUUACACUAAAGGACAAUGAAGAUAACACAGCAAGUAUCCUGACCCGACGGAGAAGAUUUAGUCGCACUACCCAGGAUAUGUAUUACCUCCCUAUUGUGAUCUCUGAUGGAGGGAUCCCUUCUCUCAGCAGCAGUGCCACCCUUGUGAUCCGGGUAUGUGCAUGCGAAAGAGAUGGGCGUGUGCGGACGUGCCAUGCAGAAGCAUUCCUCUCCUCUGCUGGACUGAGUACAGGAGCCUUAAUUGCCAUCCUCCUGUGUGUCAUCAUUCUCCUAGCAAUAGUGGUCCUUUUCAUCACCCUGAGACGCAGCAAAAAGGAGCCUCUGAUCAUUUCAGAGGAGGAUGUCCGGGAAAAUGUUGUCACCUAUGAUGAUGAGGGUGGAGGUGAGGAGGAUACUGAAGCUUUUGACAUCACUGCUCUGCGGAACCCAUCAGCUGCUGAAGAACUGAAGUAUCGGAGGGAUGUUCGGCCUGAAGUUAAACCCACGCCCAAGCAUCCAACUUCAUCCAGCCUUGACAGUAUAGAUGUUCAGGAAUUUAUUAAACAAAGACUAGCAGAAGCAGACCUCGAUCCUAGUGUGCCCCCAUAUGAUUCCCUACAGACAUAUGCAUAUGAGGGUCAAAGGUCAGAAGCCGGAUCUAUCAGCUCUUUGGAUUCAGUCACUACACAUUCUGACCAGGAUUAUAAUUAUCUUGGAGAUUGGGGACCAGAAUUUAAAAAGCUAGCUGAACUUUAUGGAGAAAUAGAAUCUGAAAGAACAACUUAAUUAUCAUUCCCCAAAUAAGGAACACUUUAGUUCCCCCAGCAACUUGGAAAUGUAAUGGCAACAGCAGUUUAAAAAUCAAAAGAGGGGGAAAAUAUGAAUACAGUACAUGGAACAAACUGAGCAAGCUGUACACAGUUACUGUAGAAACAAGUGCCCUUUUCACAUUUGAAACUGGGUUCUUCAACUGGAAGAAAGAUAAAUUUGGGGAGGGGGAUAUACCCUCCUCCGGGGGGAAAAAAGAUUGUCCCUUUCUGUAUAUUUUUAAUUGCUCAAUAAAGUAUGUGGUGCAGUAUCAGUAACGAUACCUUAAGUAAACCAAGCAAUGGCCAAUAUUACUGCAAUAUCCCUAAAAGCACCAGAGCUACAGUGAGUCGAUAGUGGUGCCUUCUCAUGAGAAGAACUAAUCUUAUUUGGAUGGGUAUGGCAUUUUGUGUCUAGCUCUGUUUAUAGGCUUAGCGUCUUAAGGUAACCAUUGUGGAGAUUCAUUUGCUUCUAUUUUAAUAAAUCCCAACAGUUCUGCUUCUUUCUGAAGGGUCUAUUGGAAUUAUCCAGUCAAGUGCCAUUUUGGUGUCUGCCCAUCCUAACAUUCAACUGGAUUUCAGUUAAAAACCAAGAUCUGUGGGGAAAUGUAACAUUUGAGUUGGCCAGUUCUAAUCUUUCCAUCCAUGGAGAGGUAAUGAAGCAAAAGUUAAUUUGCUGCUUGCUACUCAUAAUCCCCCCUCCAGUUACUGAAGGAUAUCAAAGCUGUUGCUUCCCUUUUAUAGUUAUUUUGCCUGUUACUUUUUACAGUUUUUUAAAUUUAUUUCUUUUUAUUUAAAUGGAACAGUUUGAAACAUCUUUCUGCUAUGAAGUGGAAGAUCAAUAGGUUUUCCAGUUUAAAAUGUGUUGACGUAUUAUGUGUUGAGCUAUGCAACAGCUUGGGUUUGCCUGGUCUUCAUUGAGAUUGGUGAAUGUAGAUAAGAUGUAACCAAUCAAAUGCUGCUCUAAAUCCAAAAAAUGAAAUAGUCACUUAGUAAGGUGACAUCAUAGUCAUUUCUAUAUGUUAGCACGAAAGAGCACAGAUGGUGUAGAGCAUGUUGGGCAACUCCAGUGUAAUGUUCAACAUCUGUGAGAAGGAAGGAGUCAUCAAACCCACAAGUAAUCUGAAGGCAGACAAUGGAAAUCCCACCUCUGGGUCUGGGCAUUUCAGUGUAAUGGCCCAAAAGACAGCACCAGUAAGACACCAUUUCAGGGUUAUGCCCCAAAAGACAGCACCAGUAAGACACCAGUACUGUUGGUGUCCAGACUGGAGUUGUAAAAGGAUCUUUGCUUUUCUCAAAACUUAUUGUAAGAGAAUGGAACUAUUAUGGCAACACCCAACACGUUUCAAGGGACACAUACUUGUUUUAUAUCUAAUUAUUUUAGUUAAUUGGUAAUAUAUGUUUGCACUGUUUUAGUCCAUUUGUUGAAGACUGUACAUCUAUUUCCAUUACUCAUUUAUUCAUUUAUUUUUGAAUGUCCAUACCACCUUUUGUUAAAACCCAGAUUUUAUGUUCUCUUGUAUUUUAUUUCAGGAUUACAAUGGUAAAGCAGUUUUGAUCCUUCAAAACAUGUUGGGUAUUUGCAUAAGAAUGAUAACAAAACAUCUAUUGUCUCAUAAUAAAAUUUGAGAAAGAAAGAUAUAGCUCUCUCUCUCAUCUCUCUCAUGCAGCGGUGGUGUUGCCUUCUCUUUGUGUCUGGGCUUUCACAAGAUGGAGAUGGGAAGCCUCCUGCGAAAAUCUGAGUAGACUACUCUCAGCUCUUUAAUAAAAGGGUGGGACACACAUUUAAUAUUUAAAGUGGUCCUGUAAGUGUAUGAGCAUGGGGAUGUUAUCUUCUCUAGUGAACAGAAUCCUAAGAAACUUUUUGGAGUUCCUCCCUGGAUAAAGCUGGGCCUUGCUCAGAUACUACUGGGCAGCUUACAUAGAGAACCAUGUGCAUUCGCAUGAUCACUUCACAAAGUCAUCCCCAUGAGGGCCACUCUGCUUAAGCCAAUGGAUUAGUGCAUCAGACGUCAGAAGGGCUCAUUUGUUGAAUAAGGAAAUACAGCCAAGAAAAGAUUGUAUUAGUACUAUGAUUUGUUUAAACAUUUUAAUUUAUUUAGAAUUCAUUAAUUAAAUUCCAAUUUUAUCUCA